UUAAUUGAAAGGCAUAGUUCCCCCCUCUCCCUUAUUGAAUUUGAUUCCAUGUAAGGAAUUCAAUUCUUAUUCUCGUCUCUCCCAAUAUUAAGUAUUUAUAACCCUUUGUCUCUGUUCUCUUAAACCUCGUAUUUGGCUUUGACUUGAUUCGGAGUCAGUUUAAUUAAAAGCUUCAGAAUUGCUGUUUCUGUUUUCUGAAACUAGUUAGUGCAUAGAGUUUCAAAAGGAGAAGAACAAUGAAUGCAUUAGUAGCUACCAACAGGAACUUUAAGUUGGCCUCUAGGCUUCUUGGAUUGGACUCAAAGCUUGAGAAAAGUUUAUUGAUUCCAUUCAGGGAAAUCAAGGUUGAAUGCACCAUACCUAAAGAUGAUGGCACAUUAGCAUCAUAUGUUGGGUUCAGGGUUCAACAUGACAAUGCUAGAGGCCCUAUGAAAGGAGGAAUCAGAUACCAUCCUGAGGUUGAUCCAGAUGAAGUGAAUGCUUUAGCACAACUAAUGACAUGGAAAACUGCGGUAGCAAAUAUACCGUAUGGUGGCGCCAAAGGAGGAAUAGGGUGUAACCCAUCAGAACUAAGUCUCUCUGAGUUAGAAAGGCUAACUAGAGUUUUCACACAGAAAAUCCAUGAUUUGAUUGGAAUUCACACUGAUGUGCCUGCACCCGAUAUGGGAACAGGACCACAGACAAUGGCAUGGAUACUAGACGAGUAUUCGAAAUUUCAUGGUUAUUCUCCUGCAGUUGUGACUGGAAAACCGAUAGAUCUUGGUGGAUCUCUAGGCAGAGAAGCAGCCACAGGAAGAGGAGUCCUCUAUGCAACAGAGGCUGUGCUUAAUGAGUAUGGAAAGAAUGUAUCUGGACAACGGUUUGUCAUACAGGGUUUCGGAAAUGUGGGAUCUUGGGCUGCCCAAUUAAUUAGCGAGAGAGGUGGAAAGGUUAUUGCUGUGAGUGAUGUAACUGGAGCCAUAAAGAACAACAAUGGCCUUGACAUCCCAAGCUUACUCAAGCAUUCCAAAGAGCACAAAGGAGUUAAAGGAUUCCAUGGUGGUGAUUCCAUUGAUCCUAAGUCAAUAUUAGUUGAAGACUGUGAUGUUCUGAUUCCAGCAGCUCUUGGGGGUGUCAUUAAUAGGGAAAAUGCAAAUGAAAUCAAAGCCAAAUUUAUUAUUGAAGCAGCCAAUCACCCCACUGACCCAGAGGCUGAUGAGAUUCUGAAGAAGAAAGGAGUUGUGAUCCUUCCAGACAUAUAUGCAAAUUCAGGAGGUGUUACAGUUAGUUACUUUGAGUGGGUUCAGAACAUCCAAGGGUUCAUGUGGGAUGAAGAGAAAGUGAACAAUGAGCUAAAGAAGUACAUGACAAGAGGGUUCAAAGAUGUGAAAGAAAUGUGCAAGACUCAUGAAUGCGAUCUUCGAAUGGGAGCCUUCACUCUUGCAGUUAACCGUGUUGCAAGGGCCACUGUCCUUAGGGGUUGGGAAGCUUGACAUCAUCCGUUCAUGGUGCUGCUGCUGCUUUCAAUAAGAGUUCCAAUCACAAAGUUUUCCUUUUUUAAAUUGCUUUUUCAUGUGAUGGAUGAAAUGGUGAAUUAGAAUUCUCAUCCCACAUUUUCAUGAAAUCAUAUAUAUAUGAUUUAUCAAGGGAUGGUUUCCCUUAUCUAUACUUGGACUCAUAUUCCAUAACUUCUUGUUGUAUAAAUAUUUUUUCAGGUACAAUCUUCUUAUUUUAGUUGA